AUGUGGGGGCGUGCGGUGCGGAGGCGCUGCCCGCGGGGGCUGCGGCGCGGCCGGGAGGUGCUGCUGGUGCUGUUGGCGCUGGCUGGGCUGGGCGCGGUGCUGCGGGCUCGAAGCGGGUCCCGGACGAGGGAGACCGGGGCGGGGCCGGUAGACCCUGGACCCCCAAGCACUCCUCGCCCUGGGCGCCGCGAGCCGGUGCUUUCCAGACCGUCGCUGGCUGCCGAUGCUCUGGGCGCGCAGGGGGAAGCGGUGCGGCUGCAGCUACAGGGCGAGGAGCUGCGGCUGCAGGAGGAGAGUGUGAAGCUGCACCAGAUCAACAUCUACCUGAGUGACCGCAUCUCGCUGCACCGCCGCCUGCCUGAGCGCUGGAGCCCUCUGUGCAGAGAGGAGAAAUACAAUUAUGAUAAUCUGCCCAAGACUUCUGUUGUCAUCGCAUUUUAUAAUGAAGCCUGGUCCACACUCCUUCGGACAGUGUACAGUGUCCUGGAGACCUCCCCUGACAUCCUGCUGGAGGAGGUCAUUCUGGUAGAUGACUACAGUGACAGAGAGCACCUGAAGGAUCGCUUGACCAACGAGCUGUCACAGCUGCCCAAGGUGCGCCUGAUCCGUGCUAACAAGAGAGAGGGCCUAGUGCGAGCCCGGCUGCUGGGCGCCUCUGUGGCCAGGGGCGAAGUGCUGACCUUCCUGGACUGCCACUGUGAAUGCCACGAGGGCUGGCUAGAACCUCUGCUGAAGAGGAUCCACGAAAAGGAGUCGGCCGUGGUGUGCCCCGUUAUUGAUGUGAUUGACUGGAACACCUUCGAGUACCUGGGCAACUCCGGGGAGCCCCAGAUCGGAGGCUUUGACUGGCGGCUGGUAUUCACAUGGCACGUGGUUCCUCAGCGGGAGCGGGAGUUGAUGCGGUCUCCUAUUGACGUUAUCAGGUCUCCAACAAUGGCUGGGGGUCUGUUUGCUGUUAGUAAGAGAUAUUUUGAAUAUCUGGGGUCUUAUGAUACAGGAAUGGAAGUCUGGGGAGGAGAGAACCUCGAGUUCUCCUUUAGGAUCUGGCAGUGUGGCGGCACUCUGGAAACACACCCCUGUUCCCACGUGGGCCAUGUUUUCCCUAAGCAAGCUCCCUAUUCGCGCAGCAAGGCCCUGGCCAACAGUGUCCGGGCUGCUGAAGUGUGGAUGGAUGAAUUUAAAGAACUCUACUACCACCGCAACCCCCGGGCGCGCCUGGAACCCUUUGGAGAUGUGACGGAGAGGAAGAACCUCCGGGCCAAACUCCAGUGUAAAGACUUCAAGUGGUUCCUGGAGACGGUGUACCCAGAACUGCACGUGCCAGAGGAUAGGCCUGGCUUCUUCGGGAUGCUCCAGAACAAAGGAUUAAGAGGGUAUUGCCUUGACUAUAAUCCUCCCAGUGAAAACCAAGUCGAAGGCCACCAGGUCCUUCUGUACCUCUGCCAUGGGAUGGGUCAGAACCAGUUCUUCGAGUAUACAUCCCAGAAAGAAAUCCGCUACAACACCCGCCAGCCCGAGGCCUGCGUCGCAGUGGAGGAAGGGAGGGAUGUCCUUGUCAUGCACAUCUGCGGAGACACGAUCCCGGUCCCGGAGAAUCAGGAGUUCAUCCUACACGAGGACGGCACUUUAGUUCACAAGCAGACCAGGAAAUGUGUCCAGGCCACGAAGGAGUCCAACCAUGGCUUUGCUCCACUCUUGCGGGACUGCACCAACUCAGACAAACAGAGAUGGUUCUUCAGGGAGCACGUGUCAUAGCACAUCACCCUGUCAAGGAAGGAGCCCGUCAUGGCUGUGGACUCGGUGCCCAACGA